AUGGGAAACGAGAAAGAACAGCCAACUACAUGUCCAUCAUCUAGCUCAAAUCCUCCAUCGGAGGCCAUACCAUCAACCACGCAAAACAUUCCACCUUACAUGGCUGGUUACUUUGGACCAGUGCCUACGUGGUCACCAACUUUUCUACCAUAUCUGGCUGGUAACCAAUAUCCAAUCAACAUACAGAAUUCUGGUUACGGAUUUCAAGGAAUCAUGGAACCUCCGACUCCUAUCAGUAAUACAAGCUCUGCCACGAGCAAGAUAUUUGGUUCAGAACCCGAUAAUAGAGCUAAUGGUGUGGAAUCUGAAGCGCCUUGUGGAUCUCCUAUAGUUGAACAGCGUACUGAGGAACAACCAAAUCAUACGGAAUCUAAUAGUGGCAGUCCCUUGAAAUCUCAAAAUGUCGAAGUGGUUGAUGAUGAUACGAUUGAGGAGCCAAAGUCGGGAAUGGAGUUUAAUUCUCUUGAAGAGCUAUUAUGUUAUUAUAAGGAGUACGGUAAGAAAUGCGGGUUUGGGGUGAUGACAAAACGGACUGAUAGGGGAGAAGAUGACUCUGUUAGAUACGUCACUCUUUGUUGUGCCCGAGGUGGGAAGGCCCGGAAUAGGACGUUGAAUGUUGCCAAGCCACGUCCAACAGGAAAGACAGAAUGUAAGGCAAGGAUUAAUGCCUUAAAGCAAGAUGGAGUGCUGAGGUUGACGACUGUUCAUAAUAUCCAUAACCAUGGCCUCAGUCCGAAGAAAUCUCGCUUCUUUCGAUGUAAUAGAGAAGUUAGUGAGGCCGUAAAAAGGGUCCUAGAUACGAAUGAUCAAGCUGGCAUCCGAGCGAGUAAGAGUUAUGGAUCUCUCGUUGUUGGAGCGGGUGGAUUCGAGAAUCUCCCCUUUCUCGAAAAGGAUUGUCGCAAUUAUAUUGACAAGGCAAGACAUCUACGACUUGGCGCCGGUGGUGCUGGAGCGCUUCGACAGUAUUUCUUACGGAUGCAAUAUAAAAAUCCUGGAUUUUUUUAUAUGAUGGACAUAGAUGAUGACGGGAGGUUAAAGAACGUCUUUUGGUCAGACCCCCGUAGUAGAGCAGCGUACCAAUAUUUCGGCGAUGUGGUGACAUUCGACACCACAUACCUAACAAAUCGAUAUGGGAUGCCCUUUGCACCAUUUGUUGGUGUAAACCACCAUGGGCAGUCAAUUCUGUUGGGAGCCGGCUUGAUUUCUAGUGAGGAUACCGAGACAUUUGUGUGGUUAUUUGAGACAUGGUUGUAA